AUGGAGAACUACUCGUUUGAGGAAUGGGAGACUGGAAGCUCAUCAGAAUCAUCUAUACCACCAGUAUACGAGAAUGUCGGAACCCCUGCGGUCGAAGAACUUAUUGCACCUGUUGCCCCGUCCCCGCCCGCAGCUGGGGACAGAGAGUUCCAGGAAGAAGCAAAACUGCACGCACGAGGCUACCAACUAGAGAUGUUAGAGGCAAGCCUCAAUCAGAACAUUAUUGUCGCGAUGGACACUGGCAGUGGGAAGACCCAAGUUGCCGUUCUGCGUAUUCAAGCUGAGCUUGCUCGGUCACUGCCCGGAAAGAUUGUGUGGUUCCUGGCCCCCACGGUGGCUUUGUGUUAUCAACAGUUCAAUGUCGUCAGCUCACAAAUCUCUGGAGCAACCAAGAUGUUAAGUGGCAACGAUGGCCCGGAGGCGUGGUCAAGUGCACAAGUCUGGAAUGCUUUUUUGGCCAAUGUCAGCGUCGUCGUAUCUACACCAGAAGUCCUCAGUCAAGCGUUAUUGCAUGGGUUUGUAACGAUGGAGAUAUUGUCGCUCAUUGUACUUGAUGAAGCGCACAACUGCGUUGGGAAUAACCCCGGCAGCAAGGUUAUGAGUCACUAUCGAAAAGCGAAGAAAGCAGGUCUUCAUAUCCCGGCAAUUCUUGGUCUGACAGCAAGUCCAGUCAUGAAGACCUCAGAAGACAGUCUGGAAAGGAUCGAAGCAACUUUAGAUGCUGUGUGCAAAACCCCCAUCACACACAGGGCUGAGCUCCUCGCCCAGGUGAAUCGACCAGAAAUGAUACUCGUCCCGUACGAUCCAGUUUCAGAUCCCGUCGCUUUCACUACUACUCAUGCUAUGAAAAGCCUGCAGGAUGUUCGCAACGCCAUGAAUAUCAGGCACGAUCCCUAUAUUCAGCAGAAAAAACUCGAGAUUCAAAGCGGGAUACAUGUGGACCGCAGUAGAGAGGAGCUCCGCGGAGCUGUGCAGAAAGACACUACUCCUUCUAUCAAGCAGAUAAGAUCGCUGUGUCGGAGGACCAAGACAAUUCGCUGCGAGCUGGGCACCUGGGCUGCUGACUACUAUAUACAAUUCGCAAUCACCGAAUUCUUGAACUCAGUAAACAACAACGACAUCAUUCUAGCCGCCUGGACUCUUGCGGAAAAGCAAUACCUCGCAAAUAUUCUGAGGAGGGUGCAGUUGCCUCAAGUAGACAGAACUGGCGACCUUCCAGUAACACACAAGGUUACGAUGCUCAUAGAACAACUGCUGGCAUGUCCCACUAACGCAUUGGGCAUCAUCUUUGUGGAAGAAACUGCCACAGUCACCGUCUUGCAUGCCCUCCUCUCGUCCCAUCCAUUGACACGCAUCCGUUAUAGAAUUGGCACAAUGGUCGGUCUAUCCCGAAGCGCGUCGAGAAAAGGAGAGAUUGGCGAGGUGAAUCGGGAAGACAGUCUUCUGAACCUGAAGGAUUUUCGCGAGGGCAAAAUAAACCUCCUGAUUGCUACAAAUGUGCUCGAAGAGGGAAUAGAUGUGCCAGCUUGCAAUCUUGUCGUUUGUUUUGAUAAGCCUUCCAACUUGAAGUCGUUCAUACAACGUCGUGGAAGAGCUCGGGAAAAGAAUUCCAAACUUAUUCUACUUCAUGAGAACGGCCCCAAUACUCAAAUGACGUGGGAAGAUCUCGAAGAGGAGAUGAAAAAGAAGUAUGAAGCGGAGGGCCGGGAAAAUUGGAAACUCAAUCAGCUGGAGGAGUCAAAAGACGACUACUUUCCCACCUUCUCUACCACAACAGGAAACCAAAUGGACAUCGAACAUGCAAAGGGCCACUUAGAACAUCUCUGCAAUACACUAUUCUCCAAGCAAUAUGUGGAAUGCAGGCCCUAUUAUCUUUUCUCCCGGCAGUAUACGACUCGGACAAAAUCAGAGCCACCCCUGAUUAGGGCAACUGUCGUUUUACCGAACUCCUUGCCACCUCAUUUACGCCGGAUAGAUGGUGCUUGCUCCUGGUAUUCCGAGAAAAAGGCCUGCAAAGACGCAGCAUUCGAGGCAUAUAGGAUGUUGUAUGAUGAAGGAUUUGUCAACGAACACUUACUGCCGUUCAAGGGGGAAGAACUAAUCCAAAGCCCUGAGAUAAGACUGCCUGAAGAAGAGGUUAGAGAAAGGUGGAAUCCGUGGCCACGUAUCGCGAGGCUUUGUGGUGUGACUGAGAGAGUCCGAAAUACCGUCAGCUUAGCUGACAACGGUAGGCUGCUGUGCAAAUUUGACCUCUCCCUACCAAUUGCUAUCCCAGCAAUACCACCAUUUCAAGUUUUCUGGAACGAUGAGCCAUGGGUUGUAGAAAUACAGCCAGGCACAUACAGCACAGGAACUACAAGUGAUCCUCUAGUAGAAAUAAAUGAUUUACCAAGAAGAGGAAGAGAUUCUUCGGAAGAAUCAAGCAACAUUUUCUCAGGAAGACCAAGCGACUCACCAAAAGACACAAUGGCACUUUUGGCUUUGGCGAUGGGGCACAGACGACUGAACAUUAGAGAAGAGGCCCAACAUGUAUUACAUUUCCAUUCAAAAUCAGGUCCUAUUGCAGCAUCACAAUCUACUCUCACGCUCCCCCAUGGAAGUCGCCCCUUUACUCCAGAGCUGAACGACGUCGAACGCUUGUCAUAUCUCGUGAGGAACACCGCCAAUGGCGCGCCGUACUUUUUUGAUCAAUGGCUACCGUCUCAACCUUCGGACAACCUUGUCAGCAGAAAGCUCAGUAGCUACUACCGGAAAGUGCUUGAGGAAGAGAGCACGGAAGGCCCUUGGUUAGCCCUGCGAAACUGGCCGAGGCGGCGCGAUUUCCUUCACAGAUCUCGUGCGGUUUCAAGUACGCAAAAAGCCUCAGACAAGCCUUAUCAGACAGCUUGGCCAGUCUCUUGUUGUCGUAUGGACUCGACACUAGCUAUCAAUGUGCAGUUCGGUGCUCUGAUACCUUCUAUCAUCCAUAUGAUAGAUAUAUAUUUAGUGACGCAGGAGCUUUCCGAAACUGUCCUCAAAGAGCUUCGCUUCCGAGAUUUGUCUUUGCUACUUGCAGCAAUCAGUGCUUCAUCGGCUCGGGAAGCUGAGAACUAUCAGAGGCUGGAAUUUCUUGGUGAUGUCAUCUUGAAGCUCCUUUCCACAAUCAGCGUUGCCGUUAACUAUCCGCAGUUUCCCGAAGGUUAUCUUUCCAAAAUGAGAGCGAGAAUCGUGUCCAACUCGCGGCUCUGCCGGUCUACUAAAGAAACAGGAAUAGACAAGUUUAUCAUAACAAAAGCGUUUUCUGGCGACAAGUGGCAGCCACUCUAUGCGGAUGAGACGGCCCUGCUUGAAGAAGUCGCUGGUAACAGGAAACUAGGGACAAAAGUUCUUGCCGAUAUUGUGGAAUCCCUGACUGGUGCAUCUUACCAGGACGGUGGGACGGACAAGUCGGGAAUGCUGAAGUCAUUGCAGUGUCUUCGUCUGUUAAUUCCAGAUAAUAGGUGGCACACUUUAGAAGAAGGUCGUCAUCUCCUUCUAUUAUCAAAGGAACACAGAGACUGCCUUCCCACCAAUCUAGUGGCUAUGGAGGAACUACUUGGCUACAGCUUCACCUACAAAAACUUGCUUGUCGAAGCAGUAACACAUGCCUCAUAUAACAUGAAUUUGUCUAGCGACAGAACUUACGAGCGGCUUGAAUUCAUUGGCGACGCCAUAUUGGAUUACAUUAUUAUUCAGAAGCUUUGGGAAAGAAACCUCUCGCAGAGCAUGAUGACAACUCUCCGUGCUGCUUGCGUCAAUGCCGACCUCCUGGGUUUCUUUGGCAUGGAAUGGAGUUUGCCGCAGACGACGGUGAAUGUGGUUGAUGGCCAGCCAGUCUCAACAACCGUGAGGUUUCCCUUCUGGAAAUUCAUGCGGCAUACCUCACCAGAGAUCGGUGCAUUGCAGAAAGCCACUGAAGAGCGUCACGCUUUAGAACGUGAAGCCAUAUUGGAGGCCAUCUGGAGAUCGCCCACCUUUCCAUGGGCCCUUCUUGCACAUCUCCAUGUGCCCAAGUUCUUUUCCGAUAUCUUCGAGUCCGUGAUUGGUGCCGUGUGGCUGGACUCGGGCAACCUGGACUGUUGCAGAGCGAUUGUGGAGCGCAUUGGAAUUAUGCCAUAUCUUGAGAGGGUUCUGGAUCAGAAUGUCGACGUCAUACAUCCGAAAAACAAGCUUGGGGUGCUGGCUGUGGAAAAGACCGUGAAAUAUGAGGUCAGCAGAGAAGAGGACGACAUGACGCGUAUCAGGUGCAAAGUAUAUGUAGGGGGCGAGAUGGUGGUGGAGGUCGGCGACGGCUUGUAUAACGACGAGAUCAUCACCCGGGCGGCGGAGAGAGCAUAUGACGUCCUGAGAAGGAGAAACAGGCGAGAAGCUGAUGGGGACGCGAUGGAGGUCGACGAAUAA